AAACCAGAAACUACUAAACCGCCAGGAGAUGUCGUGAGCGCCGCUCAGCUCAGCCUCAGCUGGAGUAACGUAACAGCAGCUGAGGCGGCGAAGAUAUGUUACGUGUAAUAUGAAAAGUGGCAGCCGGUUCGUGUUCGCAGGCUGUACUCUAUGCACCGAAAAACUUUGCUUUCACUUUAGGGAAACAUGACAAUACUUAAGCUCCUCUAUGGAGCAACCUUGGCCUUGCUGCUGCGCUCGGCUCGUGGUAACCUCGCCGACGACUCGGUCCUGUUCAGCAUAAACUGGCCGGGUUCCUCGCCUGACAAAAAGCUGGCGCCCGCCGAGCUGGAAACGCUGUGGAUGGUGUCUGCCGAAAAGGAGCGCUACCAGUGCCUGUUGCCCGCCAACCCACUAUCACGAGAGGACGCCGACGCUGCUUCCCCGUACACGGGGCCAACGCCGCUGGAGCUGCUGAAGCCGCUCUUCUCCCGGCUCUUCUGUUCCUACCGUCUGGAGCAGUACUGGACCUACGAGCUGUGCCAUGGCAAGAGCGUUCGGCAAUACCACGAGGAAAGCAUCGAUAACAAGGUAGUCCUGCAACAGUACUACCUGGGCAAGUACGACGCCAAGAAGCUGGAAGUUGAUGAUGCGAGCUACUUAUCGGAGAAAAGCCGGCGGCCGCCCCGCAUUCGGCUGGAAGCGGGCCUGGAGCUUCCGUACUUUGCGGUCAACAUGACCGGAGGCACGGCGUGCGAGCUGGGAGAGGGCGCGCAGCGCGCAACCCGUGUGCUGUACGUCUGCAACCCAGAGGCCCGCAACGAGGUGCUGAGCAUCGAAGAGCUCUCUACGUGCGAAUACCAGGCCGUGGUGUUUACCCCUUACCUCUGCGCUCACCCAGACUACAGUCCGGAAACGUCGCCAGAGAACCCAAUCCAGUGUGUGGCCCAAGAUGGCGCCCCCCGACGGCCCAAGGGCCUCGGGACAGAGCAGGUGCAGCUACUUCCUCCUGAGCCACUGGCGCCGCAGCCACCUCCAUCAGCUGACAAGUUGUCCCAGCUGGUGAAGGACUUCCUCGCAGGCAGCCACUGCCUGACAGGGGGUGCAGGCUGGUGGAAGUACGAGUUCUGCUAUGGCCAGCGUGUGAGCCAGUUCCAUGAGGAGAAAGGCAAGGAACGAACUAGCAUCCUGCUGGGCAUUUGGGACCACCAGGCACACCUGACCUGGCUGGACCAGCAUCCUGAGCGCAAGCCUGGCCGCACGCCCAGGUACCUAACGCACUUUUAUGGAUCCGGGGACACCUGCGACCUCACGGGCAAGCCUCGCACAGUGGAAGUCCUCUUGAAGUGCCGCCAGGCGAAGGGCAACCUCGACAGUGUGUCCCUGUACUUGCUGGAGCCGCGCACCUGCGAGUACAUUCUCGGGGUAGAGUCGGCCAUAGUCUGCAGCCUCCUGGAGAAGGUGGACGAGUACGGACUGCCCAGCUGACCCUGGGCCAACGACAGUGCGUUCAUACGGCGGGUCGAAGUCUUUUGGCAGCACGCACGGGACUCUGUGACCGCUGCUUGGCCCGGCUGUUCCACUCCUGCACAUGCCAUCGCGACAACUUGCACCAAAAUCCACACAUUCUUCUUGAAAUCAUAGUUCAUGCGCCAUGUGGCUCCUUCCACAGCGUCACAUGCAACUGCCGUUUUGUUGCGAAGAGGUGAACGCAGCCUCGAAGAUGGUGACAAAAUUGCACGUGAUCACUGGCUCAGAUAUUGUUGACAAGCGGCAUUUUCUGCACAGAAAUUUAACGCGUAGGAAAAUAAGUUUCAUACUGCAGUUAUCCUUUUUUUGCCUUAAGUCAGUUCACAAGUUGUGACAAUACAACUAGAGGUGUGCAUUAAAAGCAUGAUGUACCGAUACUUUCCGAAAAUGUGAUUGUGGCAAUACUUCACUGGGCUACAGGAAAGCAUACUAGCCACUGCUGUAAUCACAGGUAACAUUUCUUAUAUGUUGCUGCAAUGGAAGCUUGGGCCAGUGCAGUUAAUUUUGGCUGAUACAACAAGCCUUAAUCUUUCACUGAAAUGAGGCUCUUGCACAAGUGAAAUACUUUGUUUUUUGGCUGAAGCCAUAGCAUGUUUUGCUCCAAUGGGACAGGUAAAGCGUUCUGAGAAUAUGAUGGCCAAAACAUCCUUCACAUUGCUGGCAAAGUGAUUACUAUUGUAUAACAUGUCAUGAGAGCUAAAUCAAAGCUUCACAUUUUCUAUUUUACCGUGCAGUAGUGCACUGCUGUUUGCUUUUACUUACAUGGGAACAGAUGCAACAAGAUUACAAGCAAUCAUACACAUUACAAUAUCCGUGCAGUAUGACGAUACUGUACACUGACCUCUCCUUAAUGAAGCUGCAAAUUAGGGAGGCCAACCUUGUACAUGCAGCCAAGGUUUCUAGCCAAAGAAGUAGGGGUGCCAUACCGUUCGCAUGGUCUGCAGUGUUGGAAAGGGCCGUAAUGCGCAUCUAGCAACAAAAACACUUCCGACAAGUUUAGCAUUACUUAAAUGGAAGGUAGCACUCAUUUGUGAAGCAGAAAGCAACUUUGGCACAACUACAGAGGUUGUGCGAGUUCACUGCUUCUGUGGUGUGACCCACAUAUGAACGCAUGCGCAAACGCCAUGAGAGAGAAAAUAACUUAACACUUCUAGGGUUAACCUUGUACACAUGCAUAGCUAACAAAGAAAGAGGAUGGCUGUCGCGCAAGCUGGAAUGGUAAAGCAUGCAAGGCGUAAUGCAGGUUUGGGUUGAGCUUCCACCUGCAGCAAGUUGUCUUUUCGUUUGCUUUCAUUUCCCUUUUAUUUACUACUGUGUUUCUACAUUUGAAUUAAAUUUUUCCCCUACA